GUAUAAUCCUGGCGCGACGAUGACACAGGCCGAACGGAACCGACUCACUGCCCGCCGAGUCGGUCUCAAUCUACGUACGUUCAUUCCUUCUGCACACUCAAAACCAGAAAAAGGAGACUUGAUGAGCUAACGAGCCACUGCAGCCAAGGACAAUUCAGACGACUUUUUCAACAAGAAGUAGACUCUGGAUACUUGCAAUGAGACGGAGGGCCGUGUAUGUAGCAUAUAGAGAGAGACGAAGACCAUGACAGAGCAUUGAAUCAGCCUUCGAUGCUUUGCGUGCAGCAGUCAACCCGCGGAUGCAAAAAGCGAAGGAAAGUCGGGCGAUGACGACGAGCAAGAGAACCAACCAGACAACAACUUGCACACACGAUGAGCAAGGGCCUCGUGCGAUCAGGCAAGAACCUCAUCAAAGGGUACUCCAAUGUCCAGGUCAAAGUGCGAGCAGCCACUUCCAACGAUGCAUGGGGACCUGCAGGCGCAGAGAUGCGUGAGCUGGCGGAAAUGACACAUGACCACUCCGCAUUCAUGGAAAUCAUGGACAUGCUCGACAAGCGCAUGAAUGAUCGCGGCAAGAACUGGCGUCACGUCUAUAAAGCACUCACGGUCUUUGACUAUCUCCUACAUAUGGGCGCAGAGGACUGUGUGCUUUGGGGAAAGGAUAACAUCUACCUCAUCAAAACGCUGCGUGAAUUCAUUUAUAUGGAUGAAACGGGGAAAGAUCAAGGCACCAAUGUCCGACAAAAGGCAAAGGAUCUAACAGCACUUUUGAAUGAUGACGAGAGAUUGCGUUCUGAGCGGAAGCAUAGGACGUACAUGGUGGACCGUCUGAAUGGUAAUGAGUCCGGAACAGAUCGUCCACUGAGACCACAAAAGACUGGUGGCAGCGCGCCCUCUCGCUCACGACGUCCCUCACAGGAUGAGAUGGAUCCAGAUAUGCGGUUGGCCAUCGAGGAAUCGAAGCGACAGGCAGAGUUGGAUGCACGUAGGCGGCGAGGUGGAGCGACGAGUGGCGAAGACGAUGAGGAUCUUGCAAGGGCGCUCAAGCUGUCUGAGGAGGAGGAAGAAGCUCGACGCCGUCGUCUUGCACAAAACAAUGAGGCUGACUUGUUUGAUGAGUCCAACGACCAGUCCUUUGAUGCCUACAACAGCCAACCACAACAGCAACAGGUCGAUUUCUUUGGGAACCCGAUUAUGGACAACAGCAUGCAGAUGCAGAAUACGGGGUACCUGCAAAAUGCGUAUGCGCAAUACCAGCAGCCGCAGUACACGGGUUACUACCCUCAGCAGCAACAACAGCAACCCAACGAAUUCGAUGAUUAUGGUGGUGGUGCACACGAUUUCUUGACGGCUCAAAAUACGGGUAUGAAUGCAGCCUCGCAAGCACCGCGCAUGGAGCGUCAACAAACUGGACGUAACAAUCCCUAUGCGGCGCAACAAGCUCCUCAACAACCCGAACCAGCAGCACGACUCGAGCCCGUCAAGACGGGUACGAAUAACCCAUUUGCCAGUUUUGGCAACUUCAAUACAGCUGCGCCUCAACGACCUUUCCAACCGGCAGCAGCACCGACCCUUGCAGAGAUGAAUGCGCGAAAGCAGCAACAGCAACAACCUGCGUUUGCAAAUUACACGGCGACUAUGAAUACGGCGCGUCCUGCAAAGGACGAUGGCAAGCAUGCCGACUUGGCUGCCUUGAUUGGUGCGGGAACGGGUACGGAUACAUUUGGUAAUACGGGUGAUAUGCGUGUUGCUCGGCAUCAUACUGCCUCACAGGCUUUUAUGAAUUCAGCUGGUCAGAGUCAGUUGGGCAGUGUUGCGUCGCAGAUGACGGGGAAUGCAACGGCGGGUAAUCCAUUCUUGAACCAGCAGCGUACGGGGAAUGCUAUGUAUGGACAGCAGCAGCAGCAGCAGCAACAGCAGCAGCAAGGUGGCAUGCAGCAAGGGUAUAUUGGUACACAGCAGACUGGUGGGUUUGCCUAUCCUGGCCAGCAGCAGCAACGUCAGCAACAAGGAUACGGUUAUGGUCAACAACAACCACAACAACAGCAACAAGCCAACAGCAAUACGUAUGGUGGUUCAUUGAUUGAUCUAUGAGGAUGCACGCCAGGCCAAGCAUAACCGAAAUACACCGAUUGCAGAUUAUGUAGAAUAAAGACAAAGAAUACCCAUCAGAAAAAUAGACCUGUCAAGUCAUGGCAUCCCAAUCCAGG